AUUACCCUGAAUCCGCUCCUGAGUUUGGCCAUUUCAGACGACUCUUUGGAUAAUUGUGCCCCACUAAAAUACAAUUGAAUUAUAAUCAUUAUGGGCCGCCAUGCUCCACUUGGCCAAGCUGCAAUUGGCCGAAAAUUGAGAGUUCUGUGGACAGUUGCCACCUGGUGGCUAAGCAGAAAGCACGGAUAAACGGAUACGGCUACGGAUUGGAAAUGGUACUGCUGGACGAGUUCUGUGUGAAGGUGUACUUCUGGCCAUUCCUGUCCUAUCUGGCCAGCAUCAAGGGCUGGUGCCCGCUGUACCCACCAGGUUACUAUCCCAUCUACGCCCUGCCGCCGCCGCAGGGACCUCCAUACCCUGCGCCGCCCCCGCCGCCGCCGCUGCAGCCGAUUGGUCCACUAAUACCGCCCCAACCCGCUCUUCCGUCCACACCUGCAGUGAUCCCGACGUUCCAGCCAACGCCUCCGAAUCCCCAGACGCCGGUGACGCCGCCCCUGAUCACGACCAGCAGCAGUACCACCAGUAGCACAACACUGUCCACCACAUCCACGACGGGACUGACCACCACCACCACGACCGCUGGCACCACUCUGCCGCUUCCGGUGCCCACGUGUCCAUCGCAGCCGCUGGUUUGCCUGCCCGGCGGAGCACGUCCACUGCCCAAUUGCCCCUGCAUCGAUCCUCGCCAGCAGCAGAACUCCCCGCUGGUCUCGUCCACGGGACCACAAAUCGGUUCGGAUAUGAUGGUCUUCAUGCCGCUUAAUUCCGGGCGUAGGCGACGCCGUCGCCGGAGACCCCAAUCCUGUCAAGAUGCCCGAUCCCGGCCUGGAAGCUGCCAGCCCCUGACCUCCUGCCCCCAGCUCAUGCAGGAGUACCAGGGCCAGGGCAACGAGUUCCACACCUUUCUGGGCCAGUCCAUAUGUGGCUUUGAUGGCUCCACUUUCAUGGUCUGCUGUGCAAUGGAUCGCAGUGGAAAUGGCAGGAGCAGGAAGGAUCUAUUUGUGACCACCGCAGCUCCUUUCGGAUUCUUUCAUUUCUCGCCCUUGAGUGGGGGAUCUACUUUCAUCCCGAUGGUUUUCCAGCCCACGCCGCCUCUCAGCCAGGUGGUGAGCCCCAGCUUCAACCAGCCACCUACUCCGCCUCCACCAAAUAACGCCCCACGUGAGUCCGCGACCUGCGGCAUAAGUGGCGCCACUUCCAAUCGAGUUGUGGGUGGCAUGGAAGCGCGGAAAGGAGCUUAUCCCUGGAUAGCUGCCCUUGGCUACUUCGAGGAAACCAAUCGGAAUGCACUGAAGUUCCUCUGCGGUGGCAGUUUGAUUCAUUCGCACUACGUAAUCACCUCGGCACAUUGCAUCAAUCCGAUGUUGACCUUGGUCCGUCUGGGAGCCCAUGAUCUCUCCAAGCCAGCCGAACCGGGCGCAAUGGAUCUCCGUAUCCGUAGAACUGUUGUACACGAGCACUUCGAUCUCAACUCCAUAUCGAAUGAUAUAGCCCUGAUUGAGCUAAACGUAGUGGGUGCUCUGCCAGGUAACAUCUUGCCCAUUUGCCUGCCGGAGGCCGCCAAGUUUAUGCAGCAGGACUUCGUGGGCAUGAAUCCCUUUGUGGCCGGCUGGGGCGCCGUGAAGCACCAGGGAGUCACCUCGCAGGUGCUGAGAGACGCCCAGGUGCCAAUCGUGUCCCGGCACAGCUGCGAGCAGAGCUACAAGUCCGUUUUCCAGUUCGUCCAGUUCAGUGACAAGGUGCUGUGCGCGGGCAGCUCGAGCGUGGAUGCUUGUCAAGGGGAUUCCGGUGGACCACUCAUGAUGCCCCAGCUGGAGGCCAAUGUCUAUAGGUUCUACUUGCUCGGCCUGGUUUCCUUUGGCUAUGAGUGUGCUCGGCCCAAUUUUCCCGGCGUUUAUACGAGAGUUGCUUCCUACGUUCCUUGGAUCAAGAAACACCUCGCAUCCGCUUAGAAUAUGACACAUCCUAAGUCCAAUUGUUAUCUCCGAUGUGUCAUCCGAAUUGAGAGCACCUAAUGCAUACUUGUACUAAAAUCCAAAACCCCGAAUACACGCAACCACUGGAAUUUUGUUUAUAAAUCUCAUUUACUUAUGUUCUUGUUUUAUUUCUGCCUAAUUAAAUAUCAUUUGCAUAAAUUAA